CUCUUACUUUUUUUUCUUGCUUUGCAGCAAAAAUAUGUUCAAACUAGUCGCUAACAAGACCCCUUUAGCCAACAUUGCUCUUCGCAAUGCUACCGUCAAGGCCGUUCGUGCACCUAUUGCCACUCAAUUUUAUCGCUUCUACAGCACCCCUGCUGAAUACGAUGUCGUAGUUAUCGGUGGCGGUCCAGGUGGUUAUCCUGCUGCUAUUAAGGCUGCUCAAGAAGGUCUCAAGGUUGCUUGUAUUGAAAAGCGUGGUACUCUCGGUGGUACUUGUCUUAACGUUGGUUGUAUUCCCUCCAAGGCCAUGUUGAACAACUCUCACAUCUACCACGAAGCCAAACACGGUUACAAGAGUCGUGGUAUUGAAGUAUCAGAUGUCAAGGUCAAUCUCGAUCAAAUGCAUAAGGCUCGUUUAAAGGCUGUGAACGGUUUGACAAAAGGUGUCGAGUUCUUGUUCAAGAAGUAUGGUGUUGAUUAUAUCAAGGGUACCGGUUCCUUCAAGACUGCUCACGAAAUUGCCGUUGCUGGCUUGGACGGUUCUGAUUCUGUCAUUAAGGGCAAAAACAUCAUCAUUGCUACUGGUUCUGAAGUCACACCUAUUCCCGGUAUUGAAAUUGACGAAAAGAAGAUCGUUUCUUCCACUGGUGCUCUCGAACUUGCCCAGGUUCCCAAGAAGAUGGUUGUCAUUGGUGCUGGUGUUAUUGGUCUUGAAUUAGGUUCCGUUUGGUCCCGUCUUGGUGCCGAAGUUACUGUUGUUGAAUACCUUGAUGCUAUCGGUGCUGGUAUGGAUCCUGAACUCGCCAAGAACUUCCACAAGCUCUUGUCUAAGCAAGGUCUCAAGUUCAAGAUGUCCACCAAGGUGAACGGCGCCAAGGUUGAUGGUGACAUUGUCAAGAUUGACGUUGAAGCCGCCAAGGGCGGUAAUGCUGAAACUCUCGAAGCUGACACCGUCUUGGUCUCUAUCGGUCGUCGUCCUUACACCAAGGGUCUCGGUUUAGAAAACAUUGGCGUUGAACUUGAUAACCGUGGUCGUGUUGUUAUUGAUUCUGAAUUCAAGACCAACCUCCCUCACAUCCGUUGUAUUGGUGAUGUCACAUUUGGCCCUAUGUUGGCUCACAAGGCUGAAGAUGAAGGCUUUGCCGUCUCUGAAAUGAUCGCCACUGGUCACGGUCACGUCAACUAUGAUGCUAUUCCUUCCGUCAUCUACACUCAUCCCGAAGUCGCUUGGGUUGGUAAGAAUGAAGCACAAUUGAAGGAAGAAGGUGUAAAAUAUAAGACUGGUUCUUUCCCCUUCGUUGCCAACUCUCGUGCACGUACCAACGAUGAUACCGAUGGUCUCGUCAAGGUCAUCACAGAUGCUGACACAGACCGUAUUUUGGGUGUACACAUCAUUGGCCCUAAUGCUGGUGAAAUGAUCGCUGAAGGUGUUCUUGCUAUGGAAUAUGGUGCUUCCGCUGAAGAUGUUGGUCGUACAUGCCAUGCUCACCCUACUCUUUCCGAAGCCUUCCGUGAAGCUUGUUUGAUUGCUUCCUUCGGUAAAGCUAUUAACUUCUAAUUUAAUAAGUAAACGAGACAAAAAAAUAAAGCGAGCGCGUAUGAAUUAGACAUUCUUGAUUUGUGUGUGAAUACAGAAACCUACUAAAAAAAAUCGCGUGGC